AUAUUGCAUACUGUGGCGUGAAGUUAACAAACCAAAAAAUACGGAGCUGCUCAGUGUUGCCUCAAGGCAACGGUUUGAUCUUCUACAGUUAACCUCCCUAGAGUCCAUUUUCUCUAAUGCAUCACCCCCUCAACUGAAAACGUCACUGUGGAGAUGACUUAAGGAGGGGAAGGAUGCAUGCCUCAUGAGCUCCUGAAGACUUCACCAACCUACUUGGGACCCAGGCCUCUCUCUCCUAUACAUAAACAGACAUGAAGCCCUCAAUCUUCUAUACCCGCCAGUAUGAUGCUGGUGUGCCAGAGGAGUCUGAAGAUGAAAAUUUAGAGAGUGAAGAUGAUGAUUAUGACCCUGAAAACGACACAGAAGCUCCUGAGGAUGAAGAAAGAGAUGAUGAUACAGACGAAGAUGAAAGUGAAGAGGAGCCAGUUCCAAGCACCUCUAAUAAAGGAAAGCCAGUAGUUAGAAGAACUAUUGACUGAUUCCCCAAGAACAAAGAAACUUCCUCUUCUGAUGUUCAAGCUAGAAGUAGCAGAGUGCUUACUACAGAAAGGAAAAACAAUUGGAACAAAAAGAGGAAGGCCAUCUGCAGAUGUUGAUGAGUUGUACAAAGUCAAAGCAAGAAAGGGCCCAACAGUAAAAAUACCAGCCAAAGCAAUAAGAACUGACCAGUAUGGUCAUUUUCCAGAAUUUGGAAACAAAAAGGGACGAUGCAAGAACCCUGGAUGUAGUGGAAUAUGCAAGGUGUUCUGCUGCAAAUGCAAAGUCAAUUUGUGUUUCACACCAAAAUCAAACUGUUUUGUGAAAUUUCACCAAUAGGAAUUUUGGAAUUUGCAAAGUAUGGAAACUAUUUAGUAAAAUAUAUAUAUCUUCAGAUGGCAUAUUAUUUUGAGGAUUUAUCUGUUUCCAAAAUGCUAUGUACUGCAUUGAAAGGAUUGCGCAAUUUUUUUAAUGAGUUGAUUACUAUUAGAAAAAAUGCCAAACCUUAGCUAAUGUAAGUAGUGUUUUGCUGCAAGGAAGCAUGGACUACCUUUGUUUAGAGCAAAUUUGCAUUGACAAUUAUGUCUCCUGUUGUAAGGUUUGUGUAUUUCAUUUCUCAUGGAAUUUUGUGAUAUAUAUAUUACUAUUACAAUUACUUUACUAAUGAAAUAGGCUGUGCCAUUAGAGUUAUAGGCAUAUUUACAUUGAUUGUAAAUUAUGUGGUUUAUUGUAAGAAGGCAUACAUUUGUUAUUUCUUAUGCAACUGUGUCAUGAUAAAGUAAUUUUCCUCCAUUUCCUUCAUUAAUACCUCAUAAAUCAUAAAGGAAUUUUGUAACAUGGAAAGUCAAGUCAUAUAAUUUUAAGUUAAAGGGCAUUUUGAUAACAAGAUAAUAUAUUUUCAUAAAAGAAUUUUAUAUAUUAUUUAUGUAUGUAUGGUACAAUGUUGCCCGAGGGCAACGAACCU